AGGCCAGUUCCCUAACGCAGGCGCAGUGUCGAGUGUACAGGAGGUUGAGGGGGGAAUGAAGUGAGGUCAGAAGCGACUCAGAAGGUGAGGCGGAGCGGAGAGAGGCGUUGCCCGGGAAGAGCCAAGGAACGAAGUCCCCUAGGGUUGUGGGGAGAGUGGUGAAUAUGGAAGAGGAGCUCAGAUGCAACGACGGCGCCUGCGCAGAGUCGCUAGGCAUGAGAGCAGCUGCAUCCGGGAGCGCAGGACCGUUGAAAGCGGGGCGGAGCGAGGGAGGAGGGCGUGCACUGCGCCGAGGGGGCGGAGCCGUUGCCUAGGCUUGUACUCGCCUGCUGCAGGAGGGACUGGGUCCAGGCUAUUUGCCGCGGCGAGGAAACCCUAACUUUGCAAGCCGUGGUUCGCAGUCGUCGGAAGCGUUCUCUGGAUGUUUCCCUUUUCCUUAUCCCCUUCUUUCCCCCGUCUCCUCGGGGUGACUUUUCUGGGUGAGUCAUUUGAGGAGGAAGCCAGACCGGAAACCCACCGAAUUCCCUCAGCUGCCCCCGCCCCCUCCCCCUUUCCGUUACCUGGCUGGGACUCCACGCCCACCUCCCCGUCUCAGGAGCCCUUUCCUGCCUGGGCAAGGGACUGGCCAGAAGACCACCCUUUCCUGUAGAGCGAAGGACUUGUUACUGCGUCUGAACCCCAAACAUUGUUCUCCUCUGACUUGUAUUCUCUGGCCUUCUCCCCCAGAUGGGUUAAGGAACCAUCACCUAAGCGUUUGCCAAAUUUCACCUAAAUUCCACCUGCCUUCCUUUAUUUAAAACUACCUUCCGAGGAUAGGAUAGGAACUACCUUCCAUCAGCUGAAAUCCUGGGCUUCCAAACGAUAUGCUUCCUACCUCUUUGUAGAGUGAAAGGAACCCUCAUACGAACGUAUAGGAACUUCAACUUUCACAUCUCUUCACUGUAGUUUAAUCAGUUUGGGAAGAAACUGAGAAUCCUUCAUCAUUGGACUGAAGUUGAAGUUUAGAUUCUAGUCUUUGUUUACUACUGACUUUGGAGUUGACCUUAGAAGUCAGUCUAUUCAAGAAUUGGAAUAAGGUGAAGACUUUUUUGAUCCCUCUCUUUCAAAACUAUCAUUUUAAAAAUACAUGUGCUCAGGGUGGCUCAGUGGAUUGAGAUCCAGACUCAGAGACAGGAGGUUCUGGUUUCAAAUUUGAUCUCAGACUCUUCCUAGCACUGUGAACCUGGAUUGAUUGGUGGAAGUGAAGUAUAUUACCUACCAUUUGAAGAAAAGUCACCGAGGAAUGAAUUCCUGCUUGCCCUAUUAACUUAUUUGGCAUAUGCCCAUUUGUAGGUUGGCCUGGACAGACAAGUGCAGAGAGAAUGCUUCAUAUUAGUCGGUGUCAUCAUUUGAAACUAAUAACCAAGACAUGUAGUUCUUUUAUGCAUUUUAAAGCAAAUAGACACCUAAAGUUGAUUCUUCCAAGAACCUUUACAUUUAGAGAAUUAAAGAAGUCAUGGUUCUCAACUCACUCUCUCCUUGGAGACAGAAAUAUUUUAUUGAUGGGACUUCCUGGUGCUGGGAAAACAACAGUUGGCAAAAUAAUAGGUCAGAAACUAGCUUGUGGUGUUAUAGAUGUGGAUGAUGAUAUCCUUGAAACAACGUGGAAUAUGACUGUGGCUGAAAAAUUGAGGGAAGUUGGUCAUGAGCAAUUUUUAGAAGAGGAAGGAAAAGUGCUGCUAAACUUUGUUGCAUCUGGAGCUGUAAUUUCCCUUUCUGGGUCUAAUCCAUUGCAUGAUGCUACCAUGUACUAUCUGAAGAAAAAUGGAAUAGUUGUAUAUCUGGAUGUACCUGUGAUAGAUAUAAUUAAUCGUCUGAAUUUAACGAAGAUUGAUCGAAUUGUGGGCCCUAACUCUGGAAUGCCUCUGAAAGAAGUACUUCAGUAUAGGAGACAACUCUAUAAAAAAUGGUAUGAUAUUCGUAUAUUUUGUGAAGAUGGAGCAUCUGCAGAGGUAAUAGCUGAUAAAGUCUUCAAUGCAAUUAAGAGGUAUGAAGAUGUAGAUUCAGAAACAUUUGUUUCAACUAGAUAUAAGCCCAAAGGCUCUGAAGAAAAAGUUUUCUCAAAACACUUUAGUGAAGCUGUUAUUGAGGGAUUAGCUUCUGAUGGUGGACUCUUUGUUCCUCGAAAGGAAUUUCCAAAAUUAAACUUUGUAGAAUGGAAAAGCUUGGUAGGAGCAACAUAUAUAGAAAGAGCACAAUUAAUAUUGGAGAGGUGUAUACAUCCUGUUGACAUACCUGCUUCCAGAUUGGGAGAAAUGAUUGAAACUGCUUAUGGAGAAAACUUUACCUGCUCUAAAAUUGCCCCUGUAAGGCAUCUUUGGGGCAAUCAGUUCAUUUUGGAAUUAUUUCAUGGACCAACAGGAUCAUUUAAAGAUUUAUCAUUACAACUACUGCCACAUCUGUUUGCAUACUGUAUUCCUCCAACUUGUAAUUAUUUGGUCCUUGUAGCUACUUCUGGAGACACAGGGAGUGCUGUGUUAAAUGGUUUUAGUCGUCUUCCUAGCAAUGAUAAGCAAAGAAUAGGUGCGGUCACAUUCUUUCCUGAAAAUGGAAUAAGUGAUUUUCAGAAAGAACAAAUAAUUGGAAAUCAGAGAGAAAAUGGGUGGGCAGUUGGUGUUAAGUCAGAUUUUGACUUUUGCCAGACAGCUUUAAGAAAAAUGUUUAAUGAUUCUGAUUUUACUGGAUUUCUGACAAUAGAAUAUGGAACAACUUUGAGUUCAGCUAAUUCUAUAAACUGGGGCCGAUUGCUUCCCCAGAUAAUUUAUCAUGCUUCUGCAUAUCUUGAUCUUGUUAGUCAGGGAUCUAUUUCUUUUGGAAGCCCAGUAGAUGUCUGUAUUCCCACAGGAAACUUUGGUAACAUAUUAGCAGCAGUAUAUGCCAAAAUGAUGGGAAUCCCUAUUCGGAAAUUUAUUUGUGCUUCUAAUAAAAACCAUGUUUUAACUGAUUUUAUAAAAACAGGACUCUAUGAUCUAAGGAAAAGGAAACUGGUACAGACCUUUUCUCCAUCGUUAGAUAUUCUGAAAUCUUCCAACCUGGAACGACACUUACACUUCGUGACUGAUAGAGAUGGAAAGUUGAUGUCAAAAUUAUUUCAUCAGUUAGAAAAUCAGCAGCACUUUCAGCUAGAAAAAAUCCUAGUUGAAAAGCUUCAGCAGGAUUUUGUAGCCGAUUGGUGUUCUGAAGAGAACUGCCUAGCUGCUAUUAAUUCUACAUAUCAUACUUCAGGGUACAUUUUAGACCCUCACACUGCUGUUGCUAAAGUAGUUGCAGAUAAAGUACAAGAUAAAACUUGUCCAGUGAUCUUGGCUUCUACAGCCCAUUACUCCAAGUUUGCUUCUGCUAUCAUGCAGGCUUUAAAGAUUCAAGAAAUAAAUCAGACUUCAUCAGGUCAGCUUAGUUUACUAAGUUCAUACAAUGCUUUACCUCCACCACAUGAAGGCUUGUUAGGGAGAAUAAAACAACAAGGGUCAGAAUAUCAAGUCUGUGCCCCUGAUGUGAAUGUCAUGAAGGAACAUCUAGAAACACUUAUACAAAAGCAUUUCAUGAAAGUUUCCUAAUAAAAAAUAUUGAGUAUUUGUCAUUAUACCUAAUGUGUGUUUUAGAAGUUUAUAAUAUAUAUGAAGUUGCCAUUUCAGUAACUUGCAUAUUUUCUAGAAUUAAAUGUUGUGUCUACAAAUACUCUUAACUAGACAGUUUACUGGAAACAAUGCAUAAAUGCAUGGGCUUUCAGGAUAUGAUUGUGGUAGUCAUCAUAAAUCAAAGCUGUGCUUAUGAAAGAUGACUGGAGCCCUUCUUUGCCCUUGUUAACAGCUAAGAUUUCUGGUUUCCAUUAGUAAUUUGGCAACUGGAAUAUUCAAUGCUGCUGUUGGGUACCACAUCUGUUAACAUUUAUUGGUAUUCGAGUGACUAGAAGGUUAAUGUACCUCAAAAAAUGUCUAACUUGUCCCUGGGGAAUGAUGAACUCAUCCAACAGGAUCAAGACUAUAUUUUUUUGUCUUGAAGGAAUCAUACUUGUCUAGAAUUACCUUAAUUGGCAUCUAGAUUGCCUAGAUUUAAUUAGACAAUUACUUAGCCCUCCAACUUAAUUUAACAGUGUAGAUUUGUUGGAAUGAUAGUCCUUGAGAACAAAGUCUAUUGUAGGCAUUAUUUCUUAUGUUAUAAUUUAUUAUUAUUAAAUGAUAAGCAUCAUAAUAAAAUAACAUCUGUUAAUAGUUGUUAAGUAAAUGAAAUUUCUUAUCCUAAUCUAGAGUGUUUUUCAAAAUUAAUAAUAUUUGUAUAGAUGUAGCAGCCAAAUUUUUACCAUUUCAUAAAAACAGUUCUGUAAUGUUUGAAACCAGAAACUUUAUACAUCCCAAUAAAUUUGUUGAACAUU